UCUCUCUUUCUUUCUUUCCCUCUCUCGAACAAAGAAGACAAACAACUCAAAACGCAGAGAAAAUCUCCCAAACGACACCGUUCCGUAGCAAAGAUGCUUUCUUCAUCUCCAACUUCCUUCGCUCAUCCAUUUCUCUCCGCUUCUCCGCCUCUCUCCCCCAUAUCUCCGCCGUCUCGCGGAGCUCGUCUCCCGCCUCCUCUCGUCUCCGCCUCUUGCUCCUACACCUACACGGAGGUUCCUCCCAGAGUGCACCAGAUCCCGCGGCGAACGACGCCGACGGCGACCGCUUCGCUCUACGAGAUUCUCGAGGUUCCUCGCGGCGCGACGGGCCAGGACAUCAAAUCGGCUUACCGGAGAUUGGCUAGGAUCUGCCAUCCCGACGUUGCCGAUCGGAGUAACUCUUCUUCUUCGGCGGAUGAGUUCAUGAAGAUCCACGCGGCGUACUGUACUCUUUCCGAUCCUGAGAAACGCUCUGUGUAUGAUCGGAGGAUUCUUCGCCGGAGCCGUCCUUUGACCGUCAGCACCUCCGGGAUGGGCAGUUACGUGGGACGGAACUGGGAGACCGAUCAGUGCUGGUAGCGAGCUGACUCAGUGACCGAGUUAGCUCGAGUUAAUUCGAAUUAAUAUUAUAAAAAACGGUUGUAAAUAGGAAGCGGUAAAUCUGGGAUUAACGAUGUAAUUAAUAGUAGUAUUAGUGUGCUAACAUACGCCAAGAGCUAAAACGUACGCUUCCCUCCCUCCCCCCACGAGUGAUCAGCGCCGUUUGUUUCGUGUAACGCAGGAUCUACGUGUGUGUGUUUUUUACCUUGUGAAUCCUAAUAUAGUAUUAUCAAUGAAAACAAAAUAAAUACUUUAGUUACU